UCUUUCAGUCGUAUAUGUAGAGUGCUGAAAUAGAUCUGUCAGCAGAAUUGUUUAAAUGCGUAUGCGCACUUAAUGUGAUUUCACAAUAAUUGAAUGUGUUAACUUCGCCUUCGGAAUUAUCGGAGUUCUGGUAAAUCUGUAAUUAGUGUAAUUGCUCUUGCCUUUUGGACUGUUGUUUGUUCGCGAUAUUUUGUGGUGAUCGGUUCACAGUUGAACGUUCCUGGUAGGCUGGUAGAGAUUCCGGAAUUUAAAUGUACGAUGGCUCUCUCAAAAGUGAAUUCCAUACAUGCAAUUUUAUUGCGAGAAGAAUCCACUUUGCAAAAAUAUAAAAGAUGCCCGAAACCGUUACGAAGAGUAUUUGAUCACGCGAUCAAUUACGUGAAAAGUUUUCCCAAUGAUUUUGAUGAACUGCUUGAAAACGAUGAUUAUUCUGAUCCCGAUGACAUAACGUUCAUGAUCAGCAGACUUCAACUGACGGAUGCCCCUAAUCGUGCUAACGAAAUAUCCGAUUAUGAAAUUCAAGAAGUGGUCGAAUCUAUGUCGAUAUCUUCUACCAAGGCAGCGGAGAUUGUUGAUGAAAUCAAAACUGAUCUGGACAACGUAUUGAAAAAAUACGGAUUUACAGAAAACAGAUGGCGGGCUUAUGGGUCUUACGAUACUGGCCUGUGUAGCGUUGACAGCGAUGUUGACUUUUAUUAUGAAAACAUCAAACGUGGUCCUGGUAUUGCAUCCAACAAAAUUCCAAAAACAGUUUUCUUAUGUUUGGAGAAAGAAACGAACAAAUUUUCCGACGUAGAGUUCAUCGCAAAUGCUCGAAUACCGAUCAUUAAAUUGAAGCAUAAAAGCACCAAAAAAGAUUGCGACAUAUCUUUCUGCGAAAGCGGUGUGAAAAGUUCCAGGCUAACGAAAUUCUACGUAAAGCUGAACCCGAAUCUGAGAUUUUUAACCUUGUAUUUAAAACUGGUGCUGAAAAAGUGCAACAUGUACGGAACCAAUCGUAUGACCUCUCAUGUAACAUUCUGGUUGGUAGUAUUUUAUCUCCAACAGAAGAAUUUACUACCGUCUGUGAAAAGUGUUCGUAAAAAAUAUUCCGAUUGCAAAGAUAAGGAUUUAUUUGAGGACUGGAAUUGUUCUGUGAACAAAAAAAUUCGUUAUCCUUAUAAUCCAGCAUCGAAUGGUUUAUCAGCGUUGUUGUUCGGAUUUGCGAAAUUUUAUAUGGAUUUUGAUUUCCUUAAAAAUGUAAUUUCUCCUUAUCUCGGUAGCUUCAUACCAAUUGAUAAAAUUGGUAAAUGGAAAAUUCCUGAUGAAGUCUUUCCCUCUGAUUUACUAUGCAACAAUAACGAUGGCGAAAAUUCCUUUUACCGACACGUGAUAAAUAUUCAAGAGCCUUCGAUUUUAUGCUCAAAUUUAUCCAAGAACGUGGAAUGUAAAAUCGUGAAUUAUUUCGUGAUUUUAUGCAACGAGUUGUUAUCAAGUCAAAAAUUCUUGCCGUCGAAAGAUUUAAUGAAUUUGAGUAGUCUACCGUGUAAAUUUCCCAGCGAAAAGGGCCAACCUCGAGAUAUGAAGAAAUAUACGUUCAUUCCGUUACAAUUCGAUCAUCUGGAGGAAAAAAAUCCGCAGAAGUUGAAAAAAAUCAUAAGGCGAAAAAUACAUCGAGCUUUGGGCACCGCUUUGGAUUUCAAAUUGAAGACUUUCAAGGAGGAGGACGUUUUUCAAAUUAAAAGAGCCGAGCGAAAACAUUACGAACAGGUUACCAUGCCUGUAAUUUAUCUGAAUUACGUAUCGACUAAGGAAACUUGGAGUAAUGCCGAUGUUCGUGAUAUAUUGCUGUACCGAAGCCAAUCUGGAAAAUCGUCGAAUACAGGAUUAAAUAAAUCAGUUGAAGUGUACUUGGUUUGUGAAAUUAACCCGUCCAAGGGAAAAGCCAGACUCUUGAUACAAACUGAUAUGUAUUUGUCUAGAUUUUUGCAUAAACAUCGAGAAGAAAUGUUUGAAUUUUAGAUUUUUCAUUUAGGCUACCUACGUAAGUAGGUACAGUUUUAUUAUUGCCUACUUCUUUGCAGCUUAUUAAAAAUGAUUUUUGAUAA